CUCCGCCCCGGCCCGGUUCCCUCGUCGCUCUCAUUCCAUUGCUGCCGCUCCCGUUGAACCUAAAAUUUUGUUGCUGGAUGUUGAUGAUGGGUUGCUUACUACGAACAUGAUGAUGAUUUAGUUCUACUUGGAUCCUGCUGCUGACCGACUGUCUUCAUUUUGAUCACAUACCAGACAACUUUGAAUAAUCAAGAUGACAUCAACAUCAAUAAUUAAGCUUCACACCGUGUCUGGGUCCAUGGAUGAGUCUCCCCCAUGUUACAUUUUACAAGUCGAUGAGUUUCGGUUCCUUCUAGACUGUGGAUGGAAUGAAAAAUUUGACCCAGAGUUCAUUAAAGAAUUACGGAGGUAUGCAAAUCAAAUUGAUGCAGUUCUUCUAUCAUACCCUGACCCCCUGCAUUUAGGAGCAUUGCCCUAUAUGGUUGGAAAAUGUGGAUUAAGCUGUCCAAUUUAUGCUACGAUUCCUGUUUAUAAAAUGGGCCAAAUGUUUAUGUAUGAUUUAUAUCAGUCAUGGCACAAUAAUUCAGAGUUUACUCUCUUUACGCUUGAUGAUGUUGAUGCGGCAUUUGACAAGAUUGUUCAGUUGAAGUACAAUCAAAGUGUGUCAAUGAAAGGAAAGGGUUUUGGCCUUACCAUUACUCCUUUGCCUGCCGGGCACAUGAUUGGUGGCACAAUUUGGAAAAUUGUUAAAAUUGGUGAAGAAGAUAUUAUUUAUGCAACUGACUUUAAUCACAAAAAAGAACGUCAUCUCAAUGGAUGUGAACUUGAAAAAUUGCAGCGUCCAUCUCUAUUUAUCACUGAUGCUUUCAAUGCUACUUAUCAGCAAGCAAGGAGACGAACAAGAGAUGAGAAACUUAUGACUAACAUUCUGCAGACUCUACGAAACAAUGGCAAUGUUCUGGUUGCUGUUGAUACUGCAGGACGUGUGCUGGAAUUAGCCCAUAUGUUAGAUCAACUUUGGCGUAACAAAGAAUCAGGACUUCUUGCCUAUUCAUUAGCUUUGUUAAACAAUGUAUCAUAUAAUGUUGUUGAGUUUGCAAAGAGCCAGAUCGAAUGGAUGAGCGACAAAUUAAUGAGGUCAUUUGAAGGAGCAAGAAAUAACCCGUUCCAGUUCAAACAUCUGCAAUUAUGUCACAGUAUUGCUGAAUUAAAUAAAGUCCCCAGUCCAAAAGUAGUGCUUGCAAGCACACCAGAUAUGGAGUGUGGUUUUUCAAGGGAACUAUUUUUGCAGUGGAGUUCAAACCCAAACAACAGCAUAAUUGUUACAUGCAGGACAUCACCUGGUACUUUAGCUCGUGAAUUAAUAGAGCAUGGUACUGGAUGUACUCUUCAAUUGGAAGUACAAAGAAGAGUACGUUUAGAAGGAGCUGAGCUUGAUGAAUUUUAUAGAAAAGAGCGAGAAACUAAAGAGAUCUCUAAAAAGAAAAGAGGAGUUGAUCCUGAUCUUAGUUCAGAUUCAGAAGAUGAGUUAGAUCUUUCAGCUGUUGCUAAAGGUAAACAUGACCUGUUGGUCAAAAAUGAAGCAAAAUCUCAUCCUGGGUUUUUCAAAAGCUCAAAAAAGCAGUACCCAUUAUUUCCAUUUUUUGAAGAGAAAAUUAAGUAUGAUGAGUAUGGAGAACUUAUCAGGCCAGAAGAUUACAAAAUGGUGGAUGGAGUGGCCGAUGUUGACGACGAUAAAGAAAACAUGGUUUUAAAAGAUUUAGAAAUAGCAGAUCCACCAGAGGAAGUCCCCACAAAGUGUGUAACUUCAACUCACACAAUUAGAGUGGCUGCUCAGGUUCAAUUUAUUGAUUUUGAAGGCAGAUCUGACGGUGAAUCAUUACAGAAAAUACUUGGUCAGCUUCGGCCAAGGCGGCUUAUUUUGGUGAGGGGCACACCAGAUAGCACGCGUGCUAUGAUGCAACAUUGUCAGCAAUGGACUGAUGCAAGGAUUUUUGCACCAAGUUUAGGUGAAGUUAUUGAUGUUACCACUGAAACACAUAUUUAUCAGGUUCGCUUGACAGAUGCUCUUGUAUCAUCUCUUGAUUUUAAGAGAGGGAAAGAUGCCGAACUUGCUUGGCUUGAUGCUCAGAUAGUAUCAAGAGAUGUCAGUCGUGAUGCUAUUCGCUCAUCCAUGGAUGCAGAUGAUGAAGAGGAUAGAAUGAAAGCAUUAAAAGAUGGCAUGGAAGAUGAAAUAUUUACCUUAGAACCUCUACCAAUGAAUGAGGUUGAAGGUCAUAAGACUGUGCUCAUAAAUGAACUGAAACUAUUGGACUUUAAACAUGUCCUAUUAAAAAAUAACAUACCUUCAGAAUUUUCUGGUGGUGUACUUUGGUGCUUCAACAACACAAUAGCAGUUCGUAAGGUGGAGGAAGGUCAUGUCACAUUAGAAGGUUGCUUGUGUGAUGAAUAUUAUCUAGUAAGGGACCUCUUAUAUGAUCAGUAUGCUAUUCUAUGAGAACUAAUGAAACCAAAAUUUUCUUUUGAAGAACAACUUUAGCCAUUCUACAGCAAACUAUAAUUUCUUAAGUCUUAAUCCGGGAGCUUAGAUAAAUUUUCUAUUUGAGGUAUUUCGUCUCGUAAUUUUACUGGUAUUAUUAAAUGUAAUUACUGUUGUGAAAUCUUGAUUCCUAAUUCUGAAAGCAACUGAAAUUUUCUACCUGUUUGACUUUGUAAAUGUUGCAUUUCAUGGUUUAUCUACAGAAAACGUAGUACUGUUUUCCGUUGGUAAAUGUAGUGCAUGACACUGGUUAGUUUUAUUUAAUAAAGGUUCAUAACACAGCAGA